AAAUCCAUGUCCCACGCCGAACUCAUCGUCAAUCACCAUUAAAUGCCUCGCGAAUGACGGCCUUCCAUCUGUCUCGACCUCUCUCCAUCGUCUCCGCCUCCAAUAAUCGAUUAAUCGUCGGGGAAGGAAGGGGAAGGGGAGCGCGCGCCGCCCUCUCCUCUGUUUUUCCUCUGCUUUCUCUCAUGGCGUACGAUCCGAGAAGAGGCUACUCCUCCUCUGCUCUCGUGGAGGGCUUCACGCUGUCGCCUCUCCCCUACCCCGUCCUGCUCGUCCUGCUCAUGGUGCUCCUGCUCCUCGGCCUCUCCUGGUUCUUCGACUACGAGACCUUCGUGGAGGAGGCGGAGGAGCAGAUGAGUUGGCUCCUCCUGCUCCUCCCCGUCCUCCUCGUCUUCCUCAUCCGCUGGGUGUCCUCCAUGGAGAGCCUGGAUGAGGCCUUCUACGGGGCGUUCUUUCCAGGCCACCACCGCCGGAGAGGGUACUACGACUACGGCGGCCAGUCGGAUGAGGGAGGAGGCUCGCCGUGGACGAUCGCCCUCGUCGUCGUCCUGCUGCUCGUCAUGGUGUACUUCCAGUCUAGUUUUCAGGAGAUGUGGGGCCCUUAAAUUAUCUGUGUAUUUUUUUUUUCUUCGCACUGUAAAUUAAUUGUAUAUUAUUAAAAAAAAUCCGAAAAUUUCAUUUCGCUCC